AUGGAGGGUCGCAAGCCAUCCAACAAAGCUGAGCUACUUGAAUUUGUGCGCCAGGAGUGGCAUAACGUCACCCAACAGCAAUGUGAAAGACUGCUGGAGAGCACGCCAAGACGCAUGAAAGCUUCCAGGUGUGUAACUCCCCUCUGUGUCGCCCCCCCAGUGGUGAACCCUGACAACACCUUCGAGGUGCUGGUGGAUCAGACGUUGGUGAACAGCGGCAGCCUGCUGACAGACAUGACCCCCCCUGUGAACCCCCCCGCUGAGAUCGAGGACCCCGACGACCAGAAGCCAGAGGACUGGGACGAGAGGCCCAAGAUCCAGGACCCCGCCGCCACCAAGCCCGAAGACUGGGAUGAUGAUGCUCCUGCUCAGAUUCCAGAUGAAGAUGCAGUGAAACCCGACGGCUGGUUGGACGACGAGCCGGAGUACAUCGGAGACCCCGACGCCGUCAAACCCGAAGACUGGGACGAGGACAUGGACGGCGAAUGGGAGGCUCCUCAGGUCGCUAACCCCGCCUGCGAGACCGCCCCCGGCUGCGGCGCCUGGAAAAGGCCGAUGAUCGACAACCCCAACUACAAGGGCAAGUGGAAGCCCCCCAUGAUCGACAACCCCAACUACCAGGGCGUCUGGAAGCCGAGGAAGAUCCCCAACCCGGCGUUCUUCGAGGACCAGCACCCGUUCAGGAUGACUCCGUUCAGCGCCAUCGGGCUGGAGCUCUGGUCCAUGACCUCAGACAUCUUCUUCGACAACUUCUUCAUCACCGACGACCGCAACGCCGCUGACCGCUGGGCCACCGACGGCUGGGGGCUGAAGAAGGCUGCAGAGGGCGCCGCUGAGCCCGGUCUGGCAGCUCAGAUGUUGAACGCUGCAGAGGAGCGUCCGUGGCUCUGGGUCGUCUACGUCCUCACCGUGGCUUUACCGCUCGUCCUCAUCAUCGUCUUCUGCUGCACCGGAAAGAGGUCUUCAGGAUCAGCUCAGGGUCAGUUGAGUCUCACCAGCUUACAGGAAGAGUUUGACGAAGCCGGACGCCCGAACGGCCGCCGCCGCCCCGCCGCCGCCGCCUCGCCGGGCCCGUUGACGUGUGUCACACUGCUGCAGUCAGCAGCUGAGGUGGCAGCUUCCCUCCGGAGAGACGAGCAGGGCAUUAACAUUUCCCGGGGCGCUGGUUCGAUUCCCGCUGAGGUCACCUGUCUUAAGCACUGA